CCGAAAUAUAUUGGGGGGAAUACUUUCCCUUUGGAGAAGCUGUUUUAAAAUGAAUGAUUUUAUCUAGUUAGCUUAAAAUAUUAAACGAAUUACUGUUAAAAUUAAUUAACGUACUGGGUGGUUCAUUAGUGGUGGAGCGCAUCGGUUCAUUUACGAACGGUGGAACGCGCGUUCUCAGGAGAGGAAGAAAAGGCAAUGAGCCACGUGGAGAAGACGAAAAAGGUGUAGUACACGAUCGGGAAAGAGGACGACGAACGAGAACGAGUGCGGUGGAGGUAAGUCGGUAUAAAAGGGUCGUGGCGAGCCGUCUCGUCUGUUUUAACACUCUGAUCGGUUAGCUUGGUGGAUCAGACGCGUGGAUCGAACGGUCCGAUCAUCCUAGACACGGGUCACCCGGUGCUCCCUGAUACGAAACAGGACAUUCGUCGAAAGAAAGAAAGAAACGAAUUGAGAGGUGAGUCGAAGGGACGUUGACUCCGUGAUACCCUGUUCGAUCGUGGCAACCCCUUAAUUCCUGGAUAUCGAUUCGUGAAUUGGUGAACAACCGGAAGUUCCUCUUCAAGGAAACGAUGUUCUCUACGAAAAAAAAGUUUCGUACCGAUUAAUCAGUGACAUUGUGUACAACGAUAGUGGACUAGCUGCUCGUGUGUCGACACCUUGACAUUCAAUUGUGACCGAUCGAUCGAUACUUCGAAUUCAAUUCGAAUAGCGAUAUCGUCGUUUGUGAAGUCUGAAUGAAUCUAAUAAUAAAAACGAAAAAUUUCUUUAUUUCUUUUUCUUUUUUUUUUUGUAGAACAAUGAAGUUUGCGAUAGCAUUGGCGGUGCUCUGCUGCCUGACAAUCGGGGCGUUCGCACUACCAACGGCCAAGAUAUCCGAAGAGAAAACGUUGAACCGUAACGUGGUUGGAACGCAAAGGCAAGCGGUCCAACCACCUGCGGUCAGCGAAGACGAGGACGACGACGACGACGACGACGACGUGGAUUUCGAUAUCACGGGUGACGACGACGACGACGACGACGAGGAGGAAGAUGACGACGACGACGACGAUUCUGAUUACCUGGAACGUUUCAUCGAGGAUAUAUUAGGCGAAGAGGACGACGACGACGACGACGAGGAAACGAGCGCCGUAGUACCCGUUGCCCCAGCAUCGCAACCAGCCGUCCAACAAAUUCCGGCCGCUGUCGAAGCUGAUUUAAAUGCCGCGGCUCAAGAAACGGAACAGGCGGCGGAAGUUGCGGCCGAGGCAACGGGGGCGGAUAACGAAUCGACCGGUGCCGAGGACGAAGAGGGUAACACGAUCGCCGAGGGUCAGGCGGCCUCCAACGUACACGAGUCGACUUUGGAAGUUGCGGAAUCGGUGUCGAAUCCUGUCCACGUUCCCGCCGUGUCCACCAACGUGGCCGACACGGAGGAUGAUGAUGACGACGAUGACGACGACGACGACGAAGACGUCGAUCUCGUUUACACCGAGGAGGAGGACGAGGACGAGGACGAAGACGAGGACGACGAGGAUGACGACGAUGUCGACAGCAUCACUGACAUCGCUGGCGCCAGACAAGCACGUGGCAUGCGAUCGGAUUCGAGCAGCGACGUAUCAGCGAUCUACGUGGCAAAAUACAAUCGUUUCGUCGAUAACAUCUUGGAAAGGAUAAAUAAAAUCUUGCGCAACAAUUACGAUCCGGUGACGGUGAAACUGACCAAUCCAAAUACUAGAUCAAAGACGAACAAACAAAAGAGCAAAGGGAAAUUGAAGAAGAACAGCAAUAAGAGCGGGACAAAGAAAAGCGGUGUCGAUAAAGUAACGAUUACUACCGAGAAGAUCGCUAUGGAUCUUCUUGAAAAUACACAGAAAACUUUGGAGAAUACCGAAAACAUCACUGCAUCUUUGAACGCGAUCGAAAAGGAGUCACUCGCAACUACCUCGUCCGAUAUUGGGAACAGAUCUAUAAUGGAAUCCGCUACAAAAUCUACAAAUCGACGCACGUCUGGUACAGGCAGUAAAAAAACGAACAAAAAUCGAGGUACAACAAAAAACAAAACGAAGAAUCAAGUAACAAAUAACAAAAAUAAGGCGAAGAAAGCUAAGCCAAAAGCACGGGCAACCCUUUACGGACUCGCGAGCCUUCAAAGAUCGGGUGAUGUAUCGGUGAACAUGAUGAGCGAUCACACCAUGAUAAAGACAAGAUUCACGCUGGGUCCUCUUAUAUUAAAAGUUGAAAAGGAAUUUGGUAGAACGGCGAAGAAAGAACUGAGAAGCGCGACUGCAACCACCGCUGAGAUGUCUGGAAAAUUGAGUCUUCGAGUUCUUCACGGUGGCGUUGCUACCCUCAAUUCUAUUCGAGUUCUGCAACCAAAACAAGUGCGAGUGGAAAGCACGGACGAUCACGACAGAACACGUGAAUUUGUAUGGAAAAGAUCUUCCCACAUCGCUCAUUUGGUUUCAGAGAAAUUAUCGUUAGCUACAAAAUCAAUGCUCCGACCUCCACCUGUUACAAUUACUUCCGCAUAA